AUGACUGGAAAGCCAUCAGUCCAAAUGCAUCUCAGCUACCUAGAUUACUCCAGUACUCCCACUUUACAGAUAGAGAAACUGAGACACAAAGAAGUUAACAAGAGCCAGCAAGGGACAGGACCUGGAGUGCAGCCCAGAGGGUCUAACUCCAGAACCAGCACCACCAACUCAGGCAUAAAGCUGCAGUUGCAGAGGGUGCUCUGUGGUCAGUGGCGGUCCUCGAGUGCCCCAGUCAGCUCGGCUGAGCCCAAAGACUCCCAUCUCUGCAUCUAGGGGCUCUCUUCUUCCCCCAUCCAUCACCAGGGCCCAGUGAUCGUGCCUGUCGAUGCCCAGCUCUCGCUUGAUGUCUCAGUUCCGGAACAGAGAUGCUCCAGCUGCUACCUGGGAAGGCUCUGGCCCCAAAAAUAUUUAGUUAGCAGCCAUUCAGUUAAGUGGAAUUGACUUUUUAUCGGCUUUCCUCUGUACGGCUGCCACCAGCGAAGGCUGUUUCCUUCUUCCCUCUUCUCUGCCUGUCAGUUUCCUCCACAUUCCUAUCGGCAGCCUUUAGCUCUGAUCGAUACUAACCGCUGUGUAACAGCUCACGCACGACUGCUCUGGUUUGCAUCGAUCAGACCCUUCUUCCAACAGGUAGUCAGCUAUUUGAGGCAAUGACUUGAGAUAAACACCUACUUUUACUUCAGGCUAAUUCAUUUCAGGUGGAUUUCAAGGAGGCUGUGCACCCCGUCUCUUAGACAAGCUGAAAUUGGAGAGUCGAGAUCCACACAUUGCAUGCUUGAGAUCCUAGGAGACCUUUCUUCCUCUCCCCUUUUCUUUUUCUUUCCCUUGUAUUUUGUAAGUGCCACUUAUAAACAAGAUACCAGGACUCCG